AUGGUAUCUCAAGCCCCUCACGAUGAACAUGAUGAUAAAGAAUUAGCAAGACAGAAACAAAUCGAUGAUUGGUUACCAAUUACUUCAUCAAGAAAUGCAAAAUGGUGGUACUCUGCUUUCCACAAUGUCACCGCCAUGGUCGGUGCCGGAGUUCUUGGCCUCCCUUACGCCAUGUCUCAACUCGGCUGGGGACCCGGAGUUGCAGUAUUGGUUUUGUCAUGGAUCAUAACAUUAUACACCUUAUGGCAAAUGGUGGAAAUGCAUGAAAUGGUUCCGGGAAAGCGUUUCGACCGUUACCACGAGCUCGGACAACACGCGUUUGGAGAAAAGCUCGGUCUUUAUAUAGUUGUGCCGCAACAGCUGAUCGUGGAGAUUGGCGUUUGCAUUGUUUAUAUGGUUACUGGAGGCAAAUCUUUAAAGAAAUUUCAUGAGCUUGUUUGUGAGGAUUGCAAACCGAUCAAACUUACUUAUUUCAUCAUGAUCUUUGCCUCUGUUCACUUCGUUCUCUCUCAUCUUCCCAAUUUCAAUUCCAUCUCCGGCGUUUCUCUCGCCGCCGCCGUUAUGUCUCUCAGCUACUCAACAAUCGCAUGGGGAGCUUCGGUGAGCAAAGGUGUUCAAGAAGAUGUUCAAUACGGUUAUAAAGCAAAAUCAACGGCCGGUACGGUUUUCAAUUUCUUCAGCGGUUUAGGUGACGUUGCGUUUGCUUAUGCUGGUCACAACGUGGUUCUUGAGAUCCAAGCAACGAUCCCUUCGACUCCAGAGAAACCUUCGAAAGGUCCGAUGUGGAGAGGAGUCAUCGUUGCUUACAUCGUAGUCGCGCUUUGUUACUUUCCGGUUGGUCUUGUCGGAUAUUAUAUCUUUGGGAAUGAUGUUGAGGAUAACAUUCUCAUGUCACUCAAGAAACCGGCUUGGUUAAUCGCCACGGCUAAUAUCUUCGUCGUGAUCCAUGUCAUUGGUAGCUACCAGAUAUACGCGAUGCCGGUUUUCGAUAUGAUGGAGACGUUAUUGGUUAAGAAGCUAAAUUUCAGACCGACCACGAUCCUUCGGUUCUGUGUCCGCAAUUUCUACGUUGCCGCAACGAUGUUUGUUGGUAUGACCUUUCCGUUCUUCGGUGGGCUUUUGGCGUUCUUCGGUGGAUUCGCAUUUGCCCCAACAACAUAUUUCCUUCCUUGCAUAAUUUGGCUAGCCAUUUACAAACCAAAGAAAUUCGGCUUAUCUUGGUGGGCCAAUUGGGUAUGUAUCGUGUUUGGUAUUUGCUUAAUGGUUCUAUCGCCAAUUGGAGGGCUAAGGACAAUCGUUAUUCAAUCGAAGGGAUACAAGUUUUACUCGUAA